AAGGCGUUGGAAUCGGGAGUCGAUUUACGCCAGUAUUCAUCGGAGCUGCACGAACAGUUGCGCACCGCGCAUUCGUUGGCUGUCAAGGAUUGCAUCGAACAAGCGGAAAAAUUGGCUCAGCUGCACACCGAAAUUACGGCUUGUGACGAUGCUUUUGCCAAUGCUUUUUUUGUCAAUAUUUGGUUUUUUUUCCAGAGACUUGAAGACAUGCUACAAGGAUUCCAGUCCGAGUUGGGCACCAUUUGUUCGGAUAUGAAGAGGCUGCAGCAACAGUCCAUUGAUAUUAGCCAGCAGUUGCAAAAUCGACAGCAAGUACGAGGAGAAUUGAGUCAAUUUGUGGAUGAUAUGGUCGUUCCAAAUAGUAUGAUACAAGCAAUUGUUGAGCGCGACGUUGGUGAUCGAGAAUUCCUGGAGCAACUGCAUGAGCUGCAACACAAAUUACAGUUUUUGAAGGCUCAGGAAUUUCGCGAUGCGAAGGCAGCAUGCGAUGUGCACGACGUUGUCGAAAAUUUGAAACUUAAAGUGAGCGCUGAAGCUUUAUUUGUCUACAGAAACUUAUUUUCUCAAGCAUUUGCUUGCGAUGGAUCAAAUAAAAUUGUCCAUAACUUUGGGUCCUUCGUGGAAUCCUUUGGGAAAAAUCGACAGCGGCGCGUCGUAGAAGUUAUAUUUUGUAUUGCGCGAAUACUGAAACGAGCAGCGCAUGAGAAUACAAGACAUUUUCCAAGUUUACUGGAUGAAAUUUUUAGGUUUUUCUACGAAUUCUUGCUUGCCAAUGAUCGACAAGUAGCUCGAGAACUUACUGUUUGUUGUAAAAAUUCGACCGCAAAAUUGUCAUUUGUUUGGGUUGGGCAUCAUCGUUUUUUUUUUUUUUUUUUUCGACGGUUCCAGAAAUUGCUGUUGUUUCAGGUGCGCGAUGAAUAUAUGGAGGUGGUCAGUAAAAUGUUUUUCACUUAUUUCAAAACGUAUGCUUCUCGCCUGUUUCGCUUGUUGGUAAGCUGCUUUAUUCCUUUUAACAUUAUUAUCGAGCGUACAUUACGUCCAGUAACGAUCUAAUUGCAGCUGACUGACGCGGCGACCAAAGAUGAUUUGCUGGGCGCUGAGGAUACUGUGAAAUCAGUUGGUUUCUUCAGUUCGAAACCACAGGUGCGAAAUCGAGCUACCGUUUUCUCGCUGGGUCAUCGAGACAGCCUGUUAACAUCCGAUUUCAUGGCUCCACUCAUCGUGCCACACGUAGCGCAGCAAACAAACGAGCGCAUCAAUGCUUCUCGUAGUUUAAGAAUGCAAACUUCCUUGUGGCACUGUGAAAAAUUCCUGUUGUUUUUAUCUACAUUUGCUACUGCGCAACAUAUGGAUUUGCAGUUUCAAUUUGAAAGUCUUUUCCGAAGUGUUCAGUUUGCACUGGUCGAUCAUUCCUCGCAUGAAUUCCUGUUCAUAUCAGAUUUUUUCAUGGUCAGUGGGCAGUCUGCGGUGGAACUGUUCAACGAGCUUAUGAUGCGUACGAUAACGACGCUUCUUAAAUCCAGUGAGGAGCAUAUAUCUGGUAAUUAUGAUGCGAUAUCUCUAUACAUCUGCAUCUGUCUGUGUGCGAAAUACAAGGAGCUGAUGAUUGAGCGAGGCGUUCCAUCGAUGGAAAGGUAA